GAAGAGGAGAGGCUUGGACAGUUUGAACGGUCGUUGAGGUCAAACCAGUCAGCACAGGCCCCCACCAACCUUCCCCAAUGCAACCCCCAACUGCAGCCCACCCCAAGGCCCCCGCCUCCACCCCCGGCGGCGCCGCCACCUACACCACCAUACCCAUCUCCAUUUCCGACGUCAUCUCUCGGUCCGUCCACAACUUCUCCGCCACCAUCUCCCGCAACCGCCCCUGGCCCGAGUUCGUCGCCGCCGGCUCAUUCGACCGGCCCGGAUCCGUAUCCUCCGCGCUGGCCCGGAUCCACAAGAACUCCGUCUACUUCCGCGUCAACUACGCCGUCGUGAUCGCCUCGUGCGCCCUCGUGUCUCUGAUCGGGGCCCCUUUCUCUCUGAUCGUCUUCGCCUCCGUGCUCGCCCUCUGGCUGGUCUUCCAUUUCUUCAGGGAAGACCCGUUGAUGGUCUCGGGUCACCAAUUGAACGACCGGUUGAUACUGUGUGCCCUCGUCCUGGUGUCGCUGUCGGCGAUCUGGCUUGUGGGUCGUGUGGAGAAUCUGGUGAUCGGGAUCGGAGCCGGGUCUUUGCUCUGUGGGGUCCACGGGGUGCUGAGGAGCCCCAACGGGUUGUUUCUUGAUGAGAACGAAGCGGUCUAUCAAGGCCUCAUGGGGUCGCGGGUCGGGUCCGCGUCAUCAGCCGGAUUCGGGCACAGCGUGGAUCGUGGAGGUGUUGCGAAAACGGGACUUGGAGACUGUUUGAUCGAGUGAAAAUUGCUGAGAAUGAUCGAUUCCUGCGGGUCUUGACUGGUGGAGUGCGGUUGACUUUUUUGUUCUUGGUUUUGUUUGUGGUGGUUGGUUGGCACAAACCAGAAGUUUUGAGGUUGGUUUGAGGCAUGACUAGGUGUGGAUUUGAAGGGUUGUUUGUUCCCCCUAAGAAGGGUUUGACUUU